AUGCAGCAACCAGUCUCUGCCGAACGAGCCACCGGGGGGCCGCCCAACCCGGUCGACCACACCGGGCUCUGCCUGCUGUCGCUCGACGGCGGUGGAGUGCGUGGUCUGUCGACCCUUCAUAUCCUCAAGAGCCUCAUGGGCCAGCUAAAUCACGAACGCCAGAAGGCCGGAGCUCCCGCGCUCAAGCCAUGCGAAUUGUUCGACCUCAUCGGCGGGACCAGCACCGGAGGCCUCAUCGCCAUCAUGCUCGGCCGGCUCGAGAUGGACGUGGACGAGUGCAUUACCGCCUAUAACCGACUGACCAAGGCUGUGUUUGAAAAGAGGGCGCAGUGGACACCGUUUAGCUGGACUGGACAAGUUCAAUCACGAUUCGACAGCAACAAACUCAAGGCCGUCAUCGACGACGUCAUCACCCGUCAGGGUUACUCUCCGACGGAACCAUUUAAUGACGGGACAACCCGCGGAUGUAAAGUGUUUGUCUGUACCGCGGCGAAGGACCUAUACGGAAUCACACGCCUCCGAAGCUAUAACCUACCGCAGAAACCGAGUGUGCCGGCGACCAUUAGUGAGGCCGCCCUAGCCACAUCGGCCGCCACCGUCUUCUUCGAUCCAGUCUUCAUCGGAGCCCGACAGUUCGUGGAUGGCGCGUUGGGGGUGAACAACCCGGUGGAAGAGGUGGAAGGAGAAGCGGCCGAUAUUUGGUGUGCUGAAUCCGGCGACGUCAAACCGCUAGUGAAGUGCUUCAUCUCGAUCGGGACGGGGAAUCCCGGCAAGAAGACGGUUGAAGAUAAUUUACUAAAGUUCUUAUCAAAAACGCUGGUCCAGAUCACAACGGAGACCGAGGAGACGGCCAAAAGGUUUGUGAGUCGGUGGAGGCAGCACUUGGACGAGAAUCGAUAUUUCCGUCUCAAUGUCGAGCAGGGACUCCAGGAUGUCGGCUUGGCGGAGUAUAGAGAGCAAGGUCGGAUCGAGGCGGCGACGCACCAGUACCUGGACGACCAGCAUCAGACCUCCCGCGUGCGGCACUGUGUGGCGAACUUGAAGCAGAAACAGAGAAAGGCGGAGAAUUCAUUAGCUGGUGAAGUCGAGGAAUACAUUAUUCAGCGUACUCGAAACCAGUCAAGCCGGUCAACCCUUCCCUCCUAUUACAUCCCUCUUCCCAGGAACAAUCGGUUCGUAGGCCGGGAGGAAGUGGUGAAGACGCUCCGCCAGCAGUUAUUCACAUCCGAUGGCGGCGAGAAGGUUUCUCUUGUGGGAUUGGGUGGUGUGGGAAAAACCCAGGUGGCUUCCCGCCUCGCCCACUGGACGAAAGAGCAUAAGCCGGACCACUCUGUGUUCUGGGUGUCGGCUAUGAGCGGCGCGAGCUUUGAACAAGCCUACACCGAGAUAUCGAAGAAGCUGGCGGUGCGAAAGAGCUCGGAAGACGAAGAUGUUCGGGAGUCUGUCCGACGGCGGCUCGAGUCCGACGAAAGUGGAAAGUGGCUACUCGUGGUGGACAACGCGGAUGAUAUGGAAGUCUUGGUCGGCUCUUCCGAGAACCCCGACGGGAUUUUUCAGUACCUACCUCAGAGCGACAACGGCCGGAUCCUGUUUACGACCCGUUUUAGGAGGGUAGCCGCGGCCAUCGGAGGCGAGAUGAUCGACUUAGCCGAGAUGAGUGGGCCAGAGGCAGAGCGUUUACUGGAGAGGUGGUUAUUUCGAAAAGAUCUCCUAAGCGACAAGAAGGGAGUUGCGGACUUACUCCACGAGCUGACCCAUCUUCCCCUGGCGAUUACGCAGGCGGCAGCAUAUAUUAACACGACCGGAGUACCCCUUAGGAAAUACGUGGAACUACUCGGCAAAACGGACCAGGACGUGGUCGGAUUGAUGAGUCGCGAGUUUCACGAUUCCACUCGACCCAGAGGUUCACGUCAUGCCGUAGCCACCACGUGGCUGGUAUCGUUCCAUCAGAUCCAAGAGUCUGACCCUACAGCCGCCGACCUGUUGAUGUUUAUCUCGUACAUCGACCCGAAGGCUGUUCCACAAUCCAUUCUGCCUGUCUUUUCGUCCGAAGAGGCGAUGGUGUUUGCCCUUGGAACGUUAGAUGCAUACGCAUUCGUGGUCCGACGGGGAAACUCAGACACGUUCGAUAUGCACAGCCUUGUGCACUUAGCUACGCGGAUUUGGGUUCGAGGAGAGGGGGUCGCGGCUCAGGUGGAAGAGAGUGCCGUGCAGCAUGUAACGAGUGUGUUCCCAUCGAGUGACUAUAGCGAGCGAGAUCGGUGGCGGGCGUACCUACCGCAUGCACUUCGUCUCCUCCAGCGGGACGAUACGGCUAAUAUGGAGGUCAGAUAUAAUCUAUGUAUAAAGGUGGGGCAGUGUUUACAAGUUGAUGGUCGUAUCACGGAGGCGGUUCGAUAUUUCCAAGAGUGCUAUGAUUGGCGCAAGGAGCAUCUUGAUGAGGAUCAUCCCGAUCGACUAGCAUCGCAGUACGCGUUGGCAGGAGCAUAUGAGGCGAAUGGACAGGUUAAGGAGGCGGUACGACUGCUGGAGGAGGUGGUGCGGAUUGAAGAGCAAACACUGACGGAGGAUGAUCCUGAUCGACUAGUAUCGCAGCACGCGUUAGCAGGAGCAUAUCAGGCGAAUGGACAGGUGACGGAGGCGGUACGACUGCUGGAGGAGGUAGUGCGGAUUAAAGAGCAAACACUGACGGAGGAUCAUCCUGAUCGACUGGGAUCGCAGCACGCGUUAGCAGGAGCAUAUCAGGCGAAUGGACAGGUGACGGAGGCGGUACGGCUACUGGAGGAGGUAGUACGGAUUAAAGAGCAAACACUAGCGGAGGAUCAUCCUUCUCGACUGGCAUCGCAGCACGCGUUAGCAGGAGCAUAUCAGGCGAAUGGACAGGUGACGGAGGCGGUACGACUGCUGGAGGAGGUAGUGCGGAUUAAAGAGCAAACACUGACGGAGGAUCAUCCUGAUCGACUGGGAUCGCAGCACGCGUUAGCAGGAGCAUAUCAGGCGAAUGGACAGGUGACGGAGGCGGUACGACUGCUGGAGGAGGUGGUGCGGAUUGAAGAGCAGACACUAGCGGAGGAUCAUCCUUCUCGACUGGUAUCGCAGCACAAUCUAGCCAUCAUAUUGUGGGAUCUGGGCCAACAUUCUGCAGGUCUACAAAUGAUGAGGCAUGUCGUGGAAACUCAUCAACGAGUCCUCGACCCCGGUCAUCCUAGUCGCAAGACGUCCGAGAGGUGGCUACAAGGCUUCGAAGACGAAAGUUCGGAAUCCGGGCAAUUUGCAUGA